AUGUACUCUCCAACAUACGUCGCUCCUCAACAACCUACUACUUUUGAUAACCCUGCCGCCCCGGUUGGCGAUUGUGGUUUUCCUCUUGGCAACAUGUACACCGAGCCACAAGACUACAUGCGUCGUUUCAGCUACGCCGAACUUCUUUCCAACCACAGUGAAGCUAGCUUUUCUGAUACCGAGCAACAAACACCAUCUCCUAGCAACGACUAUGAGGAUUACGUUUACAACAUGCAACAUUGUACCUCUUUUGACGAUAAGCGUUUUGUGCCAAGCUACCUGGAUAUGUAUGCUUCUGGUACGCCUCAACAUCCAGCAGCCACUACUACUACUACGACUCCUGCACAAUGGCUAUUUACUACUACUCAACAGCAGCAGCAGCAGCAACAAUACAUCCCACCCACCAUGUUUGAUUACACUGGUGCUUCGCUUGUGGAUGCAGCUGCCUUGACGGCAGCUCCCACAGCUGUGAUGCCUUCUGCGGUCGCAGGCUCGCCGCCAUUACUUUCUCUUCCUUCUUCGGAUAAUGCCAGCACCCAUAGCAACAUCAACAACAACAACCCUAAUGACAACAACAACAACAUGGUUGCUCAAAAGCAAUCCUCACCUACUACUAAAAAACAAGGAGCCAAGAAACCUGCUGCUCGUUCUCGUGGUCGUCGUGUUUCCAGCAACCCUGGUGCUGCGGGCCAAAAGAUGUUCACUUGUCAACAUGAUGAUUGCGGCAAGGUGUUCAAGCGCUCUGAACAUCUCAAGCGACACAUUCGCUCCAUCCAUACCCUUGAAAAGCCUUUUGAAUGCCCCUAUCAUUCAUGCUCCAAGCGCUUCUCUCGCUCUGAUAAUCUCAACCAACACAUCCGCAUUCAUCGUCAUACCACCAAGGAUAAGCUAUCUCCAUCCACUGGUGCCAACUCUAACUCUCGUACCGUCAACACUUAUAUGCAAAACUUCUUGUAA